CCGCGAGAGCUGGCAGAGCACUCCCUGUCAGUAAAAAGCAAAGCGCGGCCAGUAUAGCAAAGGAGAAGGAACGCCUCCCUCGAGAAACAAAUGACGUUGGAAGAGGAAGUAAAACGCUUGUUGAAAGCAUGGUUCAUCCGAGAGGUGAAAUACCCAACCUGGCUGGCCAACCCUGUCUUCGUGCGCAAGGUGUCCGGUCUUUGGCGAAUGUGCAUAGACUUCACAAGCCUCAACGCGGCAUGCCCCAAGGACGCAUACCCCCUCCCCCGGAUUGAUCAGUUGAUUGAUGCAACCGCAAAUCACGAAACCCUGAGUUUCCUGGACAUGUUCUCAGGCUACCACCAGAUACGCCUGUCAGAGGAGGACCAAGAGAAGACCGCGUUCAUGACACAUAUGGGAAAUUUCUGCUACACAGUCAUGCCUUUUGGUCUGAAGAACGCGGGUGCGACGUACCAAAGGAUGAUCGAUACAGUGUUCCAGAAACAGCUAGGCAGAAAUGUGGAGGCUUAUGUCGACGACGUCCUCGUCAAAAGCAAUAGAGGAGCUGAUCACUUGGCUGACCUAAGGGAAACGUUCGAGACGCUCCACGGGGAGCGCCUCCAAGUGAAUCCGCUAAAGUGCGUAUUCAGAGCCAAGGUAGGAAAAUUCUUAGGCUUCAUGAUCACCAAUAGGGGCAUAGAAGCAAACCCAAAGCAAAUUGAGGCAAUACUCAACCUGAAGCCGCCACGCACGGUGAAGGAAAUCCAGGCUUUCAACGGGAAGAUGGCCGCCCUGAGCCGCUUCAUCCCGCGGUCGGCGGACAAGUGCUCGCCUUUCUUCCAGAUGCUGAAGAAGUCUGCGUCCCGAUUACAAUGGGGACCCGAAUGCGACAAAGCUUUCUUUCAGUUGACGGGGCAGUUGGCCUCUCCCCCCAUCCUUAGCGCCCCCCUUCAAUCCGAGUCCCUGUAUUUGUAUCUGGCGGUUUCGGACCAAGCGGUUAGCUCAGCCCUGGUAAGGAGGGACGCCGAUGGCACAGACCAUCCCGUGUACUAUGUCAGUAAAGCCCUCCUGUCAGCCGAAAGGCGAUACAUGCCAAUUGAGAAGGCGGUCCUAGCGGUCACCUCAGCAGCAAGAAAGCUGCGCCCUUACUUCCAGGGGCAUCCAAUCACUGUUCUGUCCAACCUACCCUUAAAAAAGAUACUCAGGAGUCUGGACGCCUCUGGAAGGAUGACUAAGUGGGCGGUCGAGCUCAGUGAGUACGACAUCUCAUACGCGCCGCGUCCUUCCAUAAAGGGGCAGGUGCUUGCGGACUUCUUAGCAGAAGGCUUUAGCCUCGAUGUCACACAAGCAGAGGGGAGAGGAGAAGUGUGGCGUUUGUUCGUGGACGGAGCCGCCGGGAAAGCCGGAGCAGGUGCAGGAAUUGUCCUCGAAUCGCCCCGAGGAGUCAUACACGAAUUCUCCCACAGGUUCCAGGAGUUAAAGACCAACAAUGUAGCGGAGUACGAAGCCCUCUUGCGCGGUCUCAGAAUCGCCAUGGGCAUGGGCGUCAUGCGUCUUCAUAUCUGCUCAGACUCCCUGCUGGUAGUCAAUCAAGUCUUGGAAAAUUACGAGGCGAAGGAAGAGGCGCUCGCAAAGUUGGCCGACGAGGUAAAGGGCGUCCUCUCACAGUUGGAAGAAUGGAAGCUAGAGCAUGUCAAGCGAGAAGACAAUCAUCACGCGGACGCCUUGUCCAAACUAGCAACGGCUAUGGACUUCGAAGGUGAUCGGCAGGUCACCAUUACCAAAGAAGCCCCGCCCGGCGAUGGGGUCAUGGCCAUCGAAGAGGGAGCGGCCGAUUGGCGCUCUUCCAUUGUUGAAUAUUUGCAGAAGGAUGCGCUGCCGAGUGAUGAAACCCAGACAAAACUAAUUAAGCGGAAGGCCACCCAUUACAGCAUGGUGGGGGAACAGCUACACAAGAGGUCAUUCUCAGGCAUCUACAUGAAAUGCUUAGGCCCUGCUAAGGCGGAAUGGAUCAUCAAAGAGGUGCAUCAGGGCACAUGCGCUUCUCAUGCCGGCCCCAGAGGCCUCGAAAAAACAAUCUUGUUACAGGGCUACUACUGGCCAACGGUGAAGAAGGAUGCCGAAAGGGCGGUCCGUGCAUGCCACGAGUGCCAAGUUCAUGCCAACAAGCAGCACCUACCCAGCGCGGAGCUGAAGAGCAUAACAAGCCAGUGGCCAUUUGCGCAGUGGGGGCUGGAUCUAUUGGGUCCCUUCCCAACCGCCCCCUUGGGGAAAAAGUAUCUAGUGGUGGCGGUCGAUUACUUCACGAAAUGGAUAGAGGCCGAGCCACUGGACACAAUCACCAGCGCCAAGAUCCAGAAAUUCCUCUUCAACAACAUAAUGAUCAAGUUUGGUACCCCCAAUACAAUCAUCACUGGCCAUGGGACACAGUUCGAUUGCAGGCCAUUCGAAAAUUUCUGCGUCAGGAACCGCAUCACAUGCAGAAUGGCCUCGGUCGCCUUCCCGCAGGCCAAUGGACAGGUGGAGUUGUCCAACAAGCUCAUCCUCAGGGGCCUGAAAAGGCGGCUCAAGGAAGCCAAAGGAGGGUGGACCGCCGAGUUACCACACGUGCUCUGGGCGCAUCCUACGAACUACAAGAGAGCAACCGGAGAAACCCCAUUCGCUCUGACGUAUGGCUCCAAGGCGGUUGCUCCCACCGAGGUCGUUCUGCCCUCACUAAUGGUCCAGACAUACGACCCGGAGGAAAACCACAAGAAGCUCCUCCAUCAGCUGGACAUGCUAGAGGCGAGGAGAGAUGCGGCCUUGGUUAGAACCAUACAAGAGAAGCUCAAGGUUGCAAAAAUCUACAACGAGAGGGUAAAGCCUCGCCCGCUUGAGGAAAGAGACAUGGUACUCAAGAGGAAUUUCGAGCAAAAAGAGGGGCAUGGCAAGCUUACCGCCAUAUGGGAAGGACCGUUCCUGAUAGCGGAGAAGUUAGGGACCGCCACGUACGUGUUGGCUACCAUGGAGGGGCAACCAAUAGCCAAAACAUGGAAUGCCAUUCACCUCAAGAAGUACCACAGCGAGUGAAGAAGAGUAGACAAUAGGAAUUUUGUAAGAAGUCAACGCCGCAGUUUGGGGCGCUUUUAUAAGAGUUUAGUAGUCAACACUCUUAUCAAUGACUUCAGUAAUUCAAGUCGCCACUGAGCGAUAUGUUUUUAUGUUACCAGUCUAAGUUAUUCUCAUAACUCCUGGCGACUUAACACAGCUACUAACCGCCGCAGCGCACGCACAUGCGCCCGCCAACCUCGCGGGGCUUAACCGCCCCUGAGUAGUAGUUACACACGUCUCAAACUUAGGCAGAGACUAUGUUACACAUAACAUUCGAGAAACUCCAUGAAGUUCCUAACUUGAACAAUAAUUACACACGUCUCAAACUCAGGCAAGCUCCCCGAAGUUUCACAAAGAGUUUUCACCUCACAACGGGUAAACCGCUCCGGGACGGUAUAAAGCGUUUGUAACACAAAGAUCGUAAAGCGCGAGGCCCAAACAUCGCUCAGCUAACCUCUAAGCCGCCCCAGCGACAAAGGACUAGAGGGCGUGUUUCCUCCUCGGGCGUGCUCCCCACGUCUGUUGUCAUCCAACAUAGAGAAGGGAAGGGGAAGCACAGAUAACAUAAACCGCAAGUAAAUGGUCCUAGCAUGCGAAGAACGGGAAGAAGAAGCAUAAUCAACACGCAGGGAAAAAUAUUACAAAACCUCGCCAAAAGGCGGAAUGUAUCGUGCACCCCGAAGGGAUCCAUUCGCCAAUAGAGCCGGUUUUAGUGAAGAUCCGCUCAUAUGCUGCAUGAGGGGCGGAAAAAGACGGCUUUGCCCAUGAGUUAGCGAUCAAGCGGAAAAGGACCUGCUGGCUUCUUUUCUUUCUGGAGCAGAGCUGCCUUGCUCGUAGCUCCCUAUUGAUAUAAAAGGAGAUGAAGGGUGAAAGAAAAAUAAGAAGCAAGUCUUGAGGGAGUAAAGAGCCACCGUUAGGUGGUUCUGCGCCAAGUGCGAUCGAUUGUCCUUCCUUUAUAGAUUGAACUACCGUAACUCCACUCAACCAACAAAGUAAAUUCUAUACUUAAAGUUGAGUUACCGUACAAACUCAACAAGACAUGAAAGAGACUUAUGUGCGCUUAGAAUCUUAUUCAGUGGAGGCAUUCUCUUCCUAGUUGUGACUCUGCAUUUGCUUCGGCACUCCCAACCAUGUUUUCUGAACUGAGACACAUCUUCCUCGCCGUCCUAGUCUAUGCCUCUGUUCUAUAGGGGAUUCACAAGACCUACAAUGUUGAGAUUUUUUGUGUAGGGUGAUUCUUUAUAUUGUUCCAUUGUAUACUUGUCGUACAGUCAAUAGAGUACACUUGUUGUUUGACAUCCUGUGGGUAGGAAAUACUCUUCCACUGAACUCUGUUUUUUCUUCACAUGAUAUUAAAGAUCGAACCCGGCCAGAAUAGUUUCAUCGCCGGAAAUUGUGGUCUUUCUCUCUCUCUGUCUCGCGUACAGCCCGUCGUCUCAGUUCGUCUACGGGUUCGGUUGGAGCAACAAUGGCCGAUGAUCGGAUUUGACGCGGGGCAGGUGGCGUACUACGGUCUCCGGGAAGUACUCGGCCCACGAAUGGUUAACCAAGCCCCGGUCUAGUCGCUCCUCUCCUUUAGAGUCGAGUUGUUUUCGCUCCUCUCCUCCGCUGCUGUGUAGUAAAGUUAAGGUAAGGAU